UUCAGUCGUUAUCAAGUCGGCACUCGAAGUGGUUGGAUCGCCAACACCCAAGACCAAGAAUUACAAAUUACAGAUCCAUUCCGUCAGAUCGCGAGGAGUAUUGAACGUACUACACAAAUAGUGCCACACUUUCCUUAGACUCGAUUCCAACCGGAAUGUUUGCAACUUGAGUUGCAUUAUCAGAGGUGCCAGAGAUAACCUCCACCCUGCUGCGUGGACUUGGACUCGGAUCAGAUCAGAUCAGAUCGAAUCGCAUCAGACAUCAUAAGGAAGUGGGAGGAAUCAGACAGUCUGCACAUUUAGCAGCCAGACGAAAUAUCAUCUCGAGCAAAGACCACAUUUAAACCGUUUCCCACUAAGCAUACAUACAUAAUACAUACAUACAUAAAAAGAUACACUAUCAUGAUUGGAAAACAGCGCAUUUGGCAGACAAGUGUGUUGGGUCUGCUUUUGGCCAGCUUCAGUCUGUUCUCCGUGCUCUAUAUGGAGCAAAUCGAACGCUGGAUGCUGGAGUGGUUCAUGGUGCUCCGCCCAGGAACAAUGAUCAGCAGCCUGUGGCAGUCACCGGCCAUGGACAUAAACGUUGACCUGUACAUAUUCAACUGGACGAACUCGGAGAAGUUCAGUGAUCCCACAGUGAAGCCCAGGUUCGAGGAGCUUGGUCCGUAUCGCUUCACCGAACGGAUGCAGAAGGUCAAUGUGGAGUGGCACGAUGAGAACUCGACGGUUUCCUAUCGACGUCGCAGUCGAUUCGAUUUCGAUCCGAAACUUAGUGUCGGACGUCCUACAGAUCCCAUUGUGGCGCCCAACCUGCUCAUUGUGGGACUGUACCAGAAGAUGGUCAUGUGGAGUCCCAUGCUGCGUUCCCUCAUGCUCUUGGCCCUGAAUAUCUACGGCAAGGAGCAGGCCAUGAUACGGCCAGCCAGCGAUUGGAUGUUCGACGGCUUCGACACGCCGAUGAUCAAGAUGAGCAAAAUGGUGCCACCAAGUCUUGUGCCGGAGAUGAAGUUCCCCUAUGAGAAGAUCGGCUAUGCGUAUCCACGCAAUGGCAGCAUGGAAAUCUACGGGCAUCACAAUGUGUACACGGGACGGGAUGAGUUCCAAAAACUGGGUCAAAUAGCCAGGUGGCGCUACAACAAUGUCACUGAGGCCAGUCCCAGGUGCAAGUUGAAGGGCAGCGCCGGAGAAUUCCAUCCAAUACCGCUGGUAAAGGGCAGACCCAUCUCCUACUUCCUGCCGGAUCUGUGCCGUGAGCUGCAGGUGGACUACUCCGGCACCACAAUCUUCGAGGGCAUCGAUGCUUUCGUUUACAGAGGCAGUGCACGCAAUAUGGCAAAUGGUACUGAUAACCCGGAUAACAGUUGCUAUUGCCAGGAUAACUGCCAGGAGGUGAGAUCCGGUCUUCUCAACAUAUCCUCCUGUUGGUAUGGAACGCCUGUCUUUGCUUCGUAUCCGCACUUCUUCAAAGCUGAUCCCUACUACGGAGAGCAGGUGGAGGGCAUGAAGCCCGACAAGGAUCGCCACGAGAUGGUCAUUAUGUUGGAGCCCAAAACGGGAAUGGUGCUGGAGAUCAAGGCGCGCAUUAUGGCCAACUUGCUGGUGGAGCCCAAAACUCAUUUAAUUUACCGGACGGCGAGAAGAACAUUCUUUCCGUUGAUCUGGGCGGAUUACAAUGUCCGCAUCACGGAUGAUCUUCUGGUCUACGUGAAGCUAAUGCCGAUCCUUGAGUUUGUGGGCAAGAUCUGUGGCAUCCUGGGCGUGGUCUUGGGUUUGCUGAUGGUAUUCUGGUAUCCCCAUCAAAUGAUCUGGCAGAAGAGCCUGAUGCACAAGAUCGAGAUUAGUUCCAUCGAGACGAAUAGCUCGUUGGAGCCUGUGAAGAAUAAUGAUGUGGAGGACUCGCCACUGCUGAAGGGAUUGCAAUAUGCAGCGGCCAAAGAUGGGGCGGGAAAUGGAAAUUAAGAAUUUAUGCUUACUAAGUGCCAUAUGUUUAAGUUUGCAAGGUUUUUCUUGCCUAGUCUACAGUUAAAGCCAAUAAAUGGUAAAUGGUGUUCAAAUGCUGAAAUGAAUCGAAAUUAAAGAUUACACACAUUUGUAUGUACAUACAUAUGUAUGUACAUACAUACGCUUGAACCGUUUUUUUUACCGCUGACUGGGAUUGUCCGUUGACUUUUCUUAUCACUCUGAAUCAUCCAGCUAAAUAUGUACAUAAGUCAAAAAGAAGACUUCACACUGAUUACUAAAUAGGCACAUAUGUAUGUUGUUUGAACUGCACAAAUCGCAUAAUAUUAACACCAAACUGAAAUAACCCGAUGCACUUGUAAAUACUUAACCGAUUCAGAACCGUUUCAAGAAAAUGCUUACACCACAAAAACAAAAAAGAACCGGUUUGGCGGGCCAUGAAUAAGAGAUUUAAAGAGAGCCAAGAGAGCUGUAUAUGACCGCACAUGUGUAUGUGUAUGUUUGCUCAUUUGCGACGCUAUCUGAUUAUACCGUACAAUUGGCGAAGUCCAUUGAUUUGGAAAGUAUACAACAUAUUCAGAAUAUCUAUUAAACACAUUAUCCUUGUAGCAGCGCUAAU